GGAUGCUGCGGACGUACAAUCCUCGCAAACUCACAUUUUACGCGCGAAAAAUCCCGAUUGACAUGUGCGAUGUGAAAAUCGAACGUUUUAAAUUCCGACUGUGAUUUUCUUCUGCAGUGCAUUCGAUUUUUGAAUUGUGUUAUUUAAAAAAAAAUACUUUUGCAUUUUUUUUGUGAACGGAAAGUUGGCGCUCAGAAAAGAUACCAAACUUGCAAUGAAGGCCGCGUAAUGUCAAAAAAGGAUGCCUGCGGAUGUCACCUAGCCUCGUCCAGUCAAGGCCCUGGACAUGACGAACUAUACCUACCUGUACACAAGCAUACCCGACCUAACUUGUCAUCUCACCACGCAACAAGCCUGCGGCGACGUCAGCCCAGGCAUCGAUUGUGACGCAGGCCCCAACUCCGUCUUCUUCAACUGCAAACUCAAUAUCGACAUCCAAAAUGAGACAUCCUACAGUUGCAACGCUAGUCUCAAUGAUACUAUGGACCCUUAUAACUAUACUCUAUGUAACACUGGAUUUAAGCUGAACAUGUACACAGUUAUCUUUGAAAGCGCGCUCAAAUCAUUAUGGUUAAGAUUACCAAGUUUUGACUAUUGCGAGUGGAACGAACUAUUGUGCUCCAGUGAUUUUAAUAGGACGUUGUACAUCGACGUGUCGAACAACAGUGUUGGAAAUGAUACAGAGGAAAAGUUUCAGUGUAGUUGGAAUAUUAGAAAUAUAACGGAAAAUGGUGGUGAGAAGUCGCAGUAUGAUUGGAGUUUUCUAUUUGUGAUAUUGUUUAUAGUGGCGGGUGGUGUUGGCAAUAUAUUGGUGUGCUUGGCGGUGUGUUUGGACAAACGUUUGCAGAACGUUACAAACUACUUUCUGCUGUCGCUGGCGAUAGCUGAUCUGCUGGUCAGUCUGUUUGUUAUGCCAAUGGGGGCUAUUCCGGGAUUUUUAGGUUACUGGCCGUUGGGAGUGGUGUGGUGCAACGUUUAUGUCACAUGCGAUGUGCUGGCCUGCUCCGCGAGCAUAAUGCACAUGUGCUUCAUCAGUAUUGGCAGGUACUUGGGGAUACGGAACCCGUUGAAGAGUCGACACCACUCCACCAAGAGGGUUGUGCUCAUCAAGAUCGCGCUGGUCUGGCUCCUCAGCAUGUUUGUGUCUAGCUCUAUUACCGUUCUGGGUCUCAUCAACAGAACCAACAUUAUGCCAACGCCGGACCUCUGCGUUAUCAACAACCGGUUCUUUUGGAUUUUCGGCUCUCUGGUCGCGUUCUACAUUCCCAUGUUGACUAUGGUGGUCUCCUUCGCAUUGACAGUCCAGUUAUUGAAGAGACAGGCCAGGUUGGCAGCGACUCCGGUACCUGGGGGUAUGCAAAGAAGGCAAUGUGGCGGCUUCGACAACGGUCCGAUGCAGGGUGUCCGGCGAACCGGCACUAAGAGCUCACCUGAUCUGUCUCCGGGGACGUCAGUCACGAGGCAACUCACAUGGCGAGUCACUAGUACCAGCAGAACCUCGCGCAACAAAGUGGGCAUGAGCGUCUCCCAUCCACAACUGAGCUACAUGAACGGCUGUGGCAGUGGUAGCUCGGGCAGUGGUAGAAGAGGACGGGACGUCGCUACUCAAACACCAUUGAGCAUAGCUGCUGAAACCAGAAGAGCCAGACUAAGACCCUUAAAGCUGACGUUGGCAGCGCCAACGGCUUUGACAUCGAGAUUCCUAGCCAAUAGGAAGAAAGGGCGUUCUCUAUCAGCGAACGCAGUAGCCAACGAACAGAAAGCCACCAAGGUGCUCGGGCUGGUCUUCUUCACUUUCGUCCUGUGCUGGGCGCCAUUCUUCCUGCUUAACAUGCUAUUUGCCUCCUGCCCCGCUUGUAUAGUUCCGGAACACGUGGUGGACAUCUGCCUCUGGCUGGGCUACGUGUCGUCCACCAUCAACCCGAUCAUCUACACGGUCUUCAACAAGACCUUCAGAGGCGCUUUCUUACGAUUACUCAGGUGUCAUUGUAACAGACGCGGCCGGUGCACUCGCUACCGCUCCGUCGGGUCGACCCGCGGCGCUUCGCAACUCUGCGCCAGAUCGGCUCUGCCCUUAGCAAUAUCAUUGCGACCAUCAGGCAUGCAUACAUCGACACCUACAGGCCAGGAGACGACUGAGACUGUCCUUAUUGAGGCGCCAAUGGAUUACAAUGUGCGGUAUUAGUACUUAACAUGUUAACGACGUUACUGUGUUGCAUUGUGAGAAUAGUUUAUGGAAUAUUAUUGUCACCAUCAGACAUGCACAGUUUACAUUGAUGCUUGAAUGCCAGGAGAUGACUGAGACUGUCCUGAAGCGCCAAUGGACUACACUAUGAUGUAUUAGUACCUACAUGCGUGUUUCUAUUGCAUUGUAAUAACAACUUUACGACUUCAUGUCGGCCUUUAGCAAUGUCAUUGCUACCACUUGGCAUCGACUCCUGUUGAGCAGGAGAAAAUGAAACUAUAGUUAUUAAAGCGUCAAUGGAUUGUAAUGUACGAAUUUAGAGUUAUUGUGUUAAAAUUAAAACUUUCAUACAUCGUGUAGUGAUGCAAAACUUCUGUUUAUAGAAAUUUUAUUUGUAAGUACAUGUAAAUGAUCUUGAUUGUAAAACUUGUAGUAUAUGAUUAAAUUAAGUAAUUAAGUAUAAAUAUUUAUUUAUUAAAAAGUAUUUCCUGGUAUUUAAAAUCAAUAUUUUGUUACGUUAACGCAACCAUGUAAAAAAAUACAAUUUGUUAAAAAGAACUUAUUCCUACAUGUUUCAUCGACUAUGUGUCUACGUAAUUUCUUGUAUCUGUCUGUGAAUUUAAAAUUUUAAUCAAGAAUUCCAUAGUAAUAUGAUAAAGAGAAAAGAUUUGUAUUUUUGUUUCUCUUUUUUUGUUUGUUUGUAUUGUCCAUUCAUUUAUUAUUUCGCUGUGUGAUAUUCAUUAUAUACCAACUCAAAUAAUUUAUUCAAAAAAUAUAAUUUAACAGAAGUAUACUUUUUUAAACUUUUGAAGAAGGAAAAUGUUAGGACACUUGAUCGAAACGAUGCCUUCUUCAGAAUUAUUGUAGAAGGAAAGGUGGAAGGAAGAAGGGGGGCCAGGAAGUCCAAGUCGUGUCGUAUCAAGAAGUGAAGGAGUUGGCUUUUGAGAGAGAACAAUGGAAGCAACUCCACCGACAAGAGCCUCGCUCUUCAAUUACAUAUUAUAGGUAUAAUAAUAUUUACUCAAAAAGCUACAAAUUAUUGGCAUUUCGGAACGACCACUGCCGAGAAGAAAUGCCGAAAGAAACUUAUUUAAACAGUUUUUUUUCGUAAUAGUACCUAAAACAAAGUACAUAAAGUAUAUUAUCCAAUGUGAGAGUAUUCAUAAAACGAUAUUGCACGUGGCACAGCACGUGACUGUUUGCAUCACAAGGGUUACAGUACCGAAAAUACAAAUUAUUCUUUUAAAUUUUUGGAUGGAAGGCACGUUGCAACGUGGCCGGGCAACGUGAUCGUAUAGUAGUGUAAAUUGUGAAGCGUUGGUGGUCCAGUGGUUAACCGUCCGCUUGUGCUCAAAAGGUCCCAGGUUCGAAUCCCAGCAAUGAAUUUCUAGCACAAUUCAACAAAACUACAGUCGGUUUUGGAAAUUAAUAUAUAAUAUUAAAUCUAAUAUGUCAUUGAUUUGUCUCACAUUGGCCCGAUGGAUAUUAUACACGCGCGCCUGUGAACCGAAAGGUCUCAGGUUCGAAUUUACUCUUACCACAUGAGUUGUAUAAUAAUCUUACUCAUGUAGGUAUAUAGCAGUUUUCAUAGACCACCACUGCUACCGAUAAAGGAAAACGUCGUGAGGAACCUGAACCUGCACACUGGUUGAUAGUUAGGUAACUAGUGUAUAUACGACUACUGGCCACUGGUAGACAGUCGUAAAAGUCAUGUCAGAUGCCUUUAGGUGAAUUAAAUAAAGUCUGAUACCAAUGUCAGCAAUACACAACUCCUGAAAGAAAAAAGUGAAUAUUGCACUAUAAUUUUAUAUUGUAAUAUAGCAUUGCAUUCGUUGAGCAUAGAGAAGAAUCUUCCUCCCAGUUUCUGGAAUGAUAUCUCACAUGGAUUGUGCACAGCUAUCAUUACAUGCUCGGCUUUAUUAUCGCGCUCCGCUUCACGUCGCGUGAAAAUCCCACCUCUUGUGUAAUAACCACGCCAUUUACACGCUUAUAUCAUAAUGUACUAUUUAUUCAAACACGUGUAAAUAAUUUUUAGAAAUAUUUUAUAACGUAUGAGCUCAGAAACAGAGAAUUACAUGUAAAAUCAAGUAUGUAUUCACACCUUUAUUACGAGUAAUAUAAAAGAGACAAGACAAGCGGUAACCUUUAAAUUUGGGUCACGUUUCUGCCACAAACUUUUCCAUGUUGCCAAAAUCACCGCGUGUUUUUGUUUGGACAUACGUAACCAAAUACUCUUUUUAUGUAGUUAUAUUUCUCUUCCACUAGUAGAUAUUUGUCUCCGGUUUUGGGUGUGUGAUCUGUUGUUGUCCAUUUCAUUUAAAUCCCCAAACUUGUAUGAAAAGAAUCUCGUGUAUGUUAGUCUGCUUAACUUUUGGUAAACAUUGUAAAUUAAUAAUUAUUGCAUGUAGUCAAGAUUUUAUUCGUGUCAUUUAAAAAAAUGUAUAUAAAAUGCAAAAAUUAUGUAUAGAAAAAUAGUUGCUCAUAAAAGAUGUUCAAUUAUAACUAUUUUGUGUAUGUAUAAAUGUAUGUAGAUUAAAUUUAUUUUG